AGUUCGCUGCGCUACUAUACCCUUAAACCCUUUAAACCCAUUCUUCUUCUUCGCCGCCGACGAUGUUCUUAGUCCAUUGAGGGUUGCAGUUGGAAACCCAGAAAGCCGAAUUGUUCAGAGACUUUUCUCUGUCUGCCAUGGCUAUCGACGGAGAACAGUCGCACAAAUCUCACCGGUCACGUCAAUCCGGUCCUACCGCCAAGAAAAAAUCCAAGUCCGACAAGAAAAAGAAGGGUGCUUUCGACGAAAACAAUAAACAACAUAAUCCUAAGGCAUUUGCAUUUAGUUCCACUGUGAAAGCAAAGAAAUUGCAAGCACGAGCAACAGAGAAGGAGCAGAAGAGGCUUCAUGUCCCAACAGUUGAUAGGUCCACUGGUGAACCAGCUCCAUAUGUAAUUGUGGUGCAGGGACCUCCCAAGGUUGGGAAGUCACUGUUAAUUAAGUCUCUCGUGAAGCACUAUACAAAGCAAAAUUUACCUGAAGUUCGAGGUCCUAUCACUAUAGUAUCAGGUAAGCAGAGACGUUUGCAGUUUAUAGAGUGUCCAAAUGAUAUCAAUGGAAUGAUUGAUGUGGCAAAGUUUGCGGAUUUGGCAUUGCUUCUCAUUGACGGUAGCUAUGGCUUUGAAAUGGAGACCUUUGAAUUCCUUAAUAUACUGCAAAAUCAUGGAUUUCCUAAAGUUAUGGGUGUUCUUACACAUCUCGACCAGUUCAAGGAUGUUAAGAAGCUUAGAAAGACGAAGCAACGGUUAAAGCAUAGAUUUUGGACUGAGAUAUAUGAUGGAGCUAAGUUAUUUUACUUGUCUGGUCUCAUCCAUGAAAAGUACUCUAAACGUGAAGUGCAUAAUCUUGCUCGGUUUAUAUCUGUCAUGAAGUUUCCUCCUUUAUCCUGGCGCAUGUCCCACCCCUACAUUGUUGUAGAUCGAUUUGAAGAUGUAACUCCCCCUGAAAAAGUGCGCAUGGACAACAAGUGUGACAGAAAUGUCAUUUUGUACGGUUAUCUUCGUGGAUGUAAUAUGAAGAAAGGAACAAAGGUACAUAUUGCUGGUGUUGGUGAUUAUAGUUUAGCAGGUAUAACAGCAUUACCUGAUCCAUGCCCUCUACCAUCUGCUGCCAAGAAGAAGGGACUAAGGGACAAAGAAAAGCUGUUUUAUGCCCCCAUGUCUGGAUUGGGUGAUCUUCUUUACGAUAAGGAUGCUGUGUAUAUAAACAUAAAUGAUCACUUUGUCCAGUUCUCUAAGGUUGAUGAAACAGCUGCUGUUGGGGGUCGCAGAGGGAAGGGCAAUGAUGUCGGAGAGGCUUUAGUUAAAUCACUUCAGAACACGAAAUAUUCAAUCGAUGAGAAGUUAGAAAAUAGUUUUAUUUCUCUUUUUGGGAAAAAACAUAAUCCAUCCCCAUCAAAUCAUGCUAAAGCUGAUCAAACUAAUGAUUUGGUGCCUGCGGAGCGAGAUCAGUCUGGGUUUGAACCCAACAGCGAUGGAUCAGAUGAGGACAAUGAUGCUGAAGAUUUGAAGCGUACUCAUCUUAAGGAGUCAAACGACUCCUCGGAUGAUAGUUCUGAGGAAGAAGAUAAUAUUGGACCAGAGAAGCACCCAGGAUUGAGUAGUAGUUUCAGGGAACAUGUUGAUUUUCAUGACGGAAGAAUGAGAAGAAAAGCUAUCUUUGAUAAUGAUAAUGAUUUUGAUGAAAAGGAUUAUAGUGAAGAAGAUGUCGAAGAGGAUGCACAAGAUGAUGAUUUAGAGGACACUGAUGAGGAAAAUGAAGCUUAUCAUAAUUCAGGGGAUGACGAUGAUUUUGAUACAAAUGAAGAGGACAUGGGCAAUGCUUCAAGAUGGAAAGAAUUUCUGUCUGAAAGGACACGUAAUCGCCAAAAUGUUAAUCUUAUGCAGCUUGUAUAUGGGGCAUCCGAAUCCAAGUCAACUACAAAAGCUGAGUUACGACAGCAUGGCGCUGAAAAUGAUGAAAGUGAUACUGAGUUCUUCGUGCCCAAAGGGGAAGGAACAAAGAAACUCGAAGAGCAGAUGAAUGAUGAUAAUAUUGAUGCCGAGGACUGCUCCAAAUUUGUAAAUUUUUCAAGUCAAAUUGACUGGAGGAUUCAAGAAUCAAUUGAAACUAUCCGUUUCCGGUUUGUCAGCAAAGGCUGGUCCAAAACAGCACGUGGAGGUGGCUCAAGGGAUGUCAAUGGUAAUGAUGAUGUUGGUGAGGAUGACGAGGAUCUGUUUGGUGAUUUUGAAGACUUGGAAACAGGUCAGAAGUAUGAGAGCCAUGAGGCAGGUGGUACUGGAACUAAUGAUAUGAUCCGCAUGGAUGAUGAAUCAGCAGUUGAGGAGCGCAGACUAAAGAAAUUGGCACUUCGUGCAAAAUUUGAUUCUCAAUAUGGUGGGUCGGAUUCCUCCAAUGAGGAUGAGGACGAGGUUAUUAAACCAGACACGAAGUCUCAUCGGGGUCAAGCUGAUGGAAAUGGGUACUAUGAUAAGUUGAAAGAAGAGGUAGAGCUUCAGAAACAAGUGAAUUUAGCUGCACUAAAUGAACUUGAUGAGGCCACUCGGAUAGAGAUAGAAGGCUUCAGAACAGGAACUUAUCUUAGACUAGAAGUUCACGAUGUCCCCUCUGAAAUGGUUGAAUAUUUUGAUCCUUGCCAUCCGAUUCUUCUCGGAGGUCUAGCACUUGGAGAAGAAAAUGUUGGAUACAUGCAGGUUCGGUUGAAGCGGCACAGGUGGCACAAGAAAGUGCUGAAGACUAGGGAUCCAAUUAUUGUUUCUAUUGGUUGGAGGCGCUACCAAACUGUACCUAUUUAUGCCAUUGAGGAUCAAAAUGGCCGUCACCGUAUGCUCAAGUACACUCCUGAACACAUGCAUUGUUUGGCAAUGUUUUGGGGUCCCCUUGUGCCUCCACACACGGGAAUGAUCGCUGUCCAGAACUUGUCAAAUAAUCAAGCAUCCUUUAGAAUCACUGCGACUGCAACUGUGCUAGAGUUCAACCAUGCAGCAAGAAUAGUCAAAAAGAUUAAGUUAGUUGGUCACCCAUGUAAAAUAUUCAAGAAGACAGCACUUAUCAAGGACAUGUUCACUUCAGAUCUUGAAAUAGCUAGGUUUGAAGGUGCAGCUAUUCGAACUGUUAGUGGAAUUCGUGGGCAAGUGAAAAAGGCUGCUAAAGAAGAGAUUGGUAACCAACCCAAGAAGAAGGGUGGGAGUGCCAAAGAAGGCAUUGCUAGAUGCACAUUUGAGGAUAAGAUCCUUAUGAGUGACAUUGUUUUCUUGCGUGCUUGGACUCAAGUUGAAGUUCCUUCCUUCUACAAUCCAUUGACAACAGCAUUACAGCCGCGUGAUCAAACUUGGCGAGGAAUGAAAACAGUUGCUGAAUUAAGGAGAGAACAUAAUCUACCAGUGCCUGUCAACAAGGAUUCGUUAUAUAAGCCAAUUGAACGAAAGCGGAAAAAGUUCAACCCCUUGGUAAUUCCCAAGCAAUUACAGAAAGGUCUCCCCUUUGCCUCUAAGCCCAAGGAUGCUCCAGCUCGGAAGCGACCACUCCUGGAAGAUCGGAGGGCUGUGGUGAUGGAACCCCAUGAGCGCAAAGUGCUUGCUAAUAUUCAAAAACUUAGACUCAUUCAGCAUGAGAAGAUAAAAACACGCAAGCUCAAAGAUGAUGAGAAGAAGAAAGAACUUGAAACAGAAAGGACCAAGGAAGAGCAACUCUCAAAGAAGCGACGGAGAGAAGAGAGACGAGAAAAGUACCGUGUGCAGGAUAAAAUGAAUAAGAAAAGCCGCAGGGAUACUUAGUCCUGAAACAGUUCUAUCUACUCGGAUAAUUGGGCCAAUCUUGCUGGACGAACUGAGCAUGAUUGAUUGCCAAACUGGCUUCAUAUCAUUUAGUGGCGACUUUGCAGCAUCAGUGGUGACUUGUUGUAAUCAGCUUGCGAUGAGGUGUGACUUUAACGUGUUUGACCAAACACUGGAUAGUUUGCUAUCCUUGGCCUCUACAGCCUCGCGGUGUACCAUGGUCUAUACAACCCAAAAUGAAAAAAUAUUGGCCAUUUUUUGUAGUUUAGUGAAGUGAUUAUUAUUUAUCAAGGUGAUUCUAUAGAAAGAUGUACUAAUCACAUGAACAUACAAUUCAAUGCUUUGCUUGUGUUUUUUUGUUGGAAAUUCCCGGAAACCCUGCUGCCCCUUUCAGGUGCAAAUCCGCCCUUGUGCAAUAGCUUGUAAACCACAGAGAAGAGCUAAAGACAAGUCCAGUGUGUUGAAGUACGCAUUCAGUUUCUGUUCUCUUA